ACUAUUAGUAGUUACCCUUCCCCUCCACACCGACAGGUGGCGCCUCGUCCCCAGCAGCACCGGACCGAGAGGAUAAACCUUCCUGAUCCACGACCGUCGGUCCUUCCGGCUCCGGUCCCAUAUCAAGUGGAAAGAUGCUGAUGCCCAAGAAGAACCGCAUUGCUAUCUACGAGCUCCUCUUCAAGGAGGGAGUCAUGGUGGCCAAGAAAGAUGUCCACCUGGCCAAGCAUCCCGAGCUUGCUGACAAGAAUGUGCCCAACCUUCAUGUGAUGAAAGCGAUGCAGUCCUUGAAGUCCUGUGGGUAUGUCAAGGAGCAAUUUGCCUGGCGCCAUUUCUACUGGUACCUCACCAAUGAAGGUAUUCAGUAUCUGAGAGACUUCCUCCACCUUCCCCCUGAGAUCGUGCCCGCCACCCUGCGCCGCCAGACCCGCCCUGAGACCGCAAGGCCCAGGCCCAAGGGAAUGGAAGGCGAGAGGCCUGCCCGCCUUAACCGCGGCGAGGCUGACAGAGAUACAUACAGGCGAUCUGCUGCACCCCCUGGCGCUGACAAGAAAGCUGAGGCCGGUGCUGGAGCUGCCACAGAGUUCCAGUUCAGAGGUGGCUUUGGACGCGGCAGAGGACAGCAGCCUCAGUAAAUUUCACUCGCUCUUUCUGUACAAUAAAGAAAAUAAAACACAA